AUGACUCCCAAGACGUCUCCACCACCUACAGCAGUGGGCACGCCGUACGGCCACCCUGCGCCCUCGCCUCUCGCUCAUGCGUACCACCACGUUCACGAUCCCGACCGUGAUACCUCGGACGCGGACUCACUACGCACAUCGUACGGGUUCGGACCCAGCCCCAGCGCGAGCUGCGCCAGCCUGACGUCGCUCACCACACCCGCCUCCUCGCACUACUCUCAAGCACAAUCUCCCUUGCAUACCCGCUCCUUUGUCGUCAAGAAGCCACUGCCGCCCACGCCAACCUCGGCGCCACCGCUCGCCGUGCCCUCCUCGCCUUCGUCAACGUCCCUCGUCUCCGUCUUCCGCACGGCAUCUCUCGACCGCUUCCGGCGGAGCAAGUCCAAGGCGAAGGAGAGGCCCAAGAAAGAACCCGCGACACCCGAAGACACGGUUCGCGUCGACUACCCGUACAUUGGCGCGCACCUCGAUCGCGAGCGCUCGGCCGUGCCGCCCCCGCCCGAGCAUGCAUACACGCACGGGCUCCCAGACCCGCACUUGCCUUUGCCCCCACACAACGUACGGUGGCAAGUGGCACACAGUCCGUUGGAUGUCCGAGCCAAGCCACACCGUUCGCGCACGGACCCCGACGCCGACCCCACGCCCGUCACUCCACCGAGCGAGUUCAGCGCUCGGUUUCAGGCCUGGGGGAAAGCGCGCGCGCACCAGGAGGAGGACCGUGCGUCCCGGGAGAUCUUUCCUGCGCCCGAAGCAGAUGCACCGCGGUCAUCGACAUGCUCGUAUUCGGAGAGUGACGAACAGCAGACACUGCGCGGACGUCGAGCCCCUCCUUGCGCCUUGUUGCCGCGUCCGCCGAGCGACCUGCCUACGUCCUUCGUCGACCUCGACGUGGACGAAGAGGCCUGCGCAUCCACGUUGACGCCACCGCCGACGCCGGGCAGGCUCGAUGAGCUCGUCCCUUCGAAGGACAACGUGCUGGUGUUCACGCUCGACGUGGGCGAGGAGGCGGACGCGCGCAUGGUCCGGCUCGACGACGACGUUGACGUAGACCCCGUGCCCUCUUUCGCCCAACAGCGCGAGCCGCCAACGCGGUCGCGCUCGGCGCAGCUUCCAUCCCCCGCCCUUCUUCCACCCCCAUGCCCUCUUUCGCCCAACGCCAAGCGCGAGCCGCCAACGCGCUCGCGCUCAGCGCAGCUUCCAUCCCCCCGCCCUUGCCUCGCGCCCCGCCGCGCUUAG